CUUGUCAACAAAUGGGAGUUUGUUAUGAUUCAGAUUCAGAUUAGAUGAGUCGUGGCUUGUUAAAUAUGGGCACCGAACUGCAGCACUACUAUCUGGAGCUUUCCCCCGAUCCAAUUCGCUUCGAUGGCACGGGUCUGUUGACGAACGUGUUUUUCGACGAUGCCAAACAACAGGUUAUCGCCGUACGUUCCGGUGGGGCGACGGGAAUCGUAGUGAAGGGUGCGCGAGAUGGGGAGAAUUUCGUGUUCUGCAUGGACCUACACUCGGCCGACGCACCCGAUGCGCAGAUCCGCUCGAUAAAGUUCUCCAUCGACAAUCAGGUGCUGGCCGUGCAGCGCAGUGAAACGUCGGUGGAGUUCAUCAGCUUUCUGCCGAACCAUCGGCCCAACCUGCAGGAGAUGCUGCUGUACAAAGGCAAAAGCAUGAUCAACGGGUUCGUGUGGGUGCAGGAGCGGCAGGUCGCCCUGUUCACCAACGUCGGCGUGGAGAUACUGAUGGUGAACUUCGAGAAGCGAUCGCUCAAAUCGCUCAAAUCGCUAAACAUCACGAUGAACUGGUUCAGCUACUGUCCGAGCUCGAAGUUUGCGCUGCUCUCCUCGAACCUUGGAACGAUUCUGACGCCGAUCAUUUUGAAGCCCUCCACGAUCACCAAGCUACCCAGGCUGGAGUUGGGCAUCGAUCAGGGCUGCAUGGGCAAGGAUGUGACGCUCGCUCAGCUGUACGGCACGAACGCAAUACUGAUACUACGCCAGCCACCGAACCGCCCGUUCGAGGUGGUAAUCUAUCUGCUGAACGGUCCGGGACUGGCACCGAAAAAGUCCCACAUUCUCAAGCUGGGCCAAAGCGGCCGGUUCGCCAUGAACGUGGUCGACGAUGUGGUGAUCGUGCAUCAUCAGGCGACGGCCAGCUCGAUGCUGUUCGACAUUGCGCUUAGCAGCAGUGAAACGGAACACGGCACGGGGGCCACCAUUCACUCGCCGAUCAUACCGGCAAAACCGAUCCGACCGUUUCAGCUCGAAGUACCGAGCAUUUCGCUGGACGGGAAAACGAUGAACUGUGAAUUGUAUACGAAAGAUUGGGUGCUCUUUCAGCCAAACAUUGUGAUCGACUCGAAGCUGGGCUGCCUGUGGUUCGUUCAGCUGAAGCUGAGUGCUCUCUGCGCACUCAUCACGGACCGCUUGCGCUUGGUGGAGUUCCUGCUACAGCGAAGUGAGGGCAAAACCGUCAUCCUUACGGUGCUAAAGGACAUGAUGAGCACAACGUACAGUGGCACGAUGCUGCCCGUGAUCGAGAGCAUCUUCAACAAGCUGAACGUGCUGUACAAAAGCGUACUGGACAGUGAGCUGCAGAGCCAGAUGGCACUGAUGUCGCUGGCCAAAUCGCCGAUGAAAGUCCCCACUCCGCCGAGGGUGCUGAUCGAUCAGGCCGACAUGUACACGAUCGUGUUCUCCACCAUCAUCGACGCACCGCAGAUGGGAAAGAUUCUGCUGCUCUACCUAAACUCGCUAGCCCGCAAUGGAAUCAACGCGAAUCACGAGCUAAGCAAGGCGCUACUGAUCGACCUAGUCAGUCACAAGCAGUUCGACACGUUACAAUUUCUGUUGAAAUAUUCAGCACUGAACGAAUCGAAAGCUUUGGCCUGCUUCUUGCUGUCGCUGUCGAACGUCGACUAUCCGGUCAUAUCGCAGAUGGCACUCGACAUGCUGGCACGGUUGAAUGCGAACGAGAUCAUCCUGGAGGUGCUGCUGGAGCGGGGGCAGGUGAUCGAUGCGUUGCGAUUGGCCAAACAGAUGCCCGGGGCGGACUCGUUGCCGGCGAGAAAGUACCUCGAGGCGGCAUACAAAACCGGCGAUCCGUUGAUCUUUCACUCGGUGUACAACUUUUUCCAGAUGAAGAACGUACGGCUGCGCGGGUGUCCUGACUUUUUGAAGCAUGAACAAUGUGGCGAAUAUGUGCAAUAUUAUCAAAGUUUAAUCGCAAACCAAUGCUUGUAGAGGCAAAAGAUGGGAAACGGGAAGGAAGAAUGUAAAACUGUACUGUCUGUAUGCAUAGCAUUCCAUGGUGUGAUCCUGUAACCAUGGUUACGGAGAUCAUCAAUGUUACACCAGUACACGGGUCGAGUCAGUUAGCGUUAGUAAGAGCUCGAUAAAAGUAAUAUAUAUUUAUUCGUACAUAA